AGGCCACUCAGAAGGCCCGGGUGCAUCCAGGGAGCCGAGAGGAGGCGGAGCAGCAGGAUGAACCCGGCGUCGCCCUCUCACCGGACGGCCCCGGAGCGAGCCCCGAGCCGCCGUCGCUGACGCACACACCUGACGGGAACACAGCCACGGACACGCUGGCCUCAGACCUGCUCCGGAAACUUGCAGAGCGACAGGAAGUAAACGGCCACGUGUUGAGGCUCAAAGAGGAAGAAGAGCCAGUGGAAGUCAACCUGGUGACACACAAUCAGCCACCCUCAGAGGAGAUUUCUCAUCCCGCCCUCAGGAUGACCAGCCACCACCUGUUCACUGUUAAAACAGAAGACCAGAACCUGACUGGGAACACAACAGGAGCUAAAGUAGUCGAUGAGUGUCUUCUUGGUCUUCAAACGGUCUGUCAUCCCGCCUCGAAGACAACAGCCAACAGAGCCAACAACCCCCAGUUUCGAGUGAAACUGGAGGAUCACGAUAUCUCAGAACUGAGCCAUCACCUCUUCACUGGAGCCAAGAUGGAGGACAGCCAUCCCAUUAAAGCAAAAACUGCAGAGCUGCCUUUUCCUGACGUUAACAUCAACAAGUUUUUCUCUGAAGUGAAGAAGGAAGACCUCGUCGUGGAGAACGGGUUCAUGUCUGGAGCCAAGAUGGCGGCUCAGGUUUUCACCGGAGUCAAGAUGGAGGAGCAGCUCUUCUUUGGGGCCAACAUGGAGGAGCAGUGCCUCCGAGCGGUGCUGUGGCAGGACAUGUCGGUGAACCUGGCCUCCACACUGCUGCACCAGCUCUCAGAGAGGGUCAGUAAGUCCAACAGUCAGCAGAUGGAGAGGAAGACUCCGCCCAUCAGAAGCAGUCCUGUUCUGAAGGUGAAUAUGGACCAACUACACUCCUGCCCUCUGCUGACCCCCCGAGAACCUCCGUACGAAACACAAACCAGCCUCAGCAGAGACAAAACCACAAGUUCCUCUUACUUCUUCAGGUGUCACGUCUGCGGCUUUGAGACCGAAGGCCACGCCCUCUUCCAGAGUCACAUGAUGGAACACCGCCAAUGGGAGCACAGCUUGUUCUCACUGCACUGCUGCAGGUGCGAGCACUCCACCAACCAGGAGGCAGAGAUGAGGUUGCAUGUGGAGACGCACCUGCAGGGCGGCCCUGGAGCCACCAGAUGCCCCGUCACCCUUCCUGCCGCCUCCAGCAGAGCUCUGCCUGUUGCCGUGGCAACGGCGCCGGAGCAGAGCACCUCCGAGCAUCGCUGCCGCAUCUGCCAGAGGUCGUUUCCGGGGCAACAGGAGCUGCUGGUCCACUUCCAGGGCCACCGCCAGGGCAACCAGUACCGGUGCGACCGGUGCGGCCACCUGACGCGGACGGCCAACAAGCUGGUGGAGCACGUGCGCGUGCACACGGGCGAGCGGCCGUUCACCUGCGCCCUCUGCCCCUACAGCGCCAAGCGGCGGGACAGUCUGCGGCUGCACUGCAAGGUGAAGCACGGCGCCGCCGAGGCCACGCGCCGCCCGCACCCGGACCGCCCGCACCCGGACCGCCCGCACCCCAACAAACACGUCCAGCGGCUGCACACCGCCGCCCCUCCCUCCGCCUGCCCUCGUCCCCCUCACCUGUCGCUGUCCGAGCGAGCGGGCUGGAGGGAUCUGUCUCCCCUCCUCCCCAUCACCACGCUCAUCUCCCUGAAGCCACGCCCCCUUCCUUCAUCCUCCUCCUCCUCCUCAUCGCCCUCUAACAAACACUCCUUCCUGGGUUACCUCGGUUUAAAAACUUCUCUCUGAGCGUCCCUCCUGUCCCCCGUCCUCCUGCCCGUCCUCUGGACAUUAAAGCGAUGGAUGUAGAGCUCUGAAAUGUAUCUGAGGUCCAGAAUGUCCAACAGAACCGGUUCUGCUCAGCGCACUGACAGCAGACGAAGAACGUUUUGUAUUUAAUCGACUUUUGCAUCAUGCUCGUGAUUUUUGCUGCGAUCCUGCCUGCUUUAGUCAUAUAAUCACUUUACUCCUAUUUAAUCGUGUGACAUAUUUACUGCUUAUCUCUGCUCCUCCACAAACCCUGAGCCUGAAAAUCCACUUUUACACCUUUUUAUGGCCUUUAGCUCCUUCUGAAUGAAGCCACAGGACACUUCAAAAUAUUCUUCUAAUCAAGCUGUAGGAGAAAAGAACAAGUCGUUCUCCGUCCAGCUGAAAUGUAAAUGUUAGCACAGUUUAACUGAUUUAUUGUAGCCUGGCAGUUAAAACCAAAUCAAUGUCAUUAACCUCAAAAACAUGUUUAGAAAAAUUAAUUAAGAGAUGUUUAAACCAUCCAUCCAUCCAUCCAUUUUCUGUACACGCUUCUUCCUUUUCAGGGUCGCGUGGGUCACUGGU